AUGGAUGGCAGAGAAGGAAUGGCUUAUCCAGGUUCAGCUUCAUACUACCUCAACAGAGGUGCUGGGCCUGGAAACCCGGUGACGGGCCCUAAUAUCCACGGGGGGACUAGUGGCGGCCCUCAACCAGCGGGCAUACGCACGCUCCCACCACCGGUUUUCAAGAACCUCUCAAACCCAAACAUUUCAGUCCAGCCCAAUGUAGGGGCCGGCAGUGGUGGUGGUGGUGGUUCUGCCAGUGGAAGCCCGUCCUUCCAUAUGGAUAACCCGUCAGCGAAUUUCUCCCAUGGCAAGAGUAUUGCUGUUGUGCCUGCUGCCGGGCCACUCGGGGGUGAGCCCGUGAAGAAAAAGAGGGGUCGGCCGAGGAAAUAUGGGCCGGAUGGGUCUAAUAUGUCUUUAGGUUUGUCCCCACUUUCUGGCCCCAGGAAUUCAUUUGGGGGGAAUAUGAGCUCGGGCGAAAAGAGACCAAAAGGGCGGCCCCGCGGGACGGGAUGGAAACAGAAGCUUGCCCCCCUCGGUGAGUGGAUGAAUAGCUCAGCUGGACUUGCUUUUACACCACAUGUCUUGCGAGUCGCUGUUGGAGAGGAUAUUGCAGCAAAAAUACUGGCAUUUGCACAACAGAGGGCUCGAGCUUUAUGCAUUAUGUCGGGUAAUGGUUCAGUUUCUGCACUAACAUUACGUCAACCUACAGCGUCAGAGGCCACCAUCACUUACGAGGGGCGUUUUGAGAUACUAUGCUUGUCUGGUUCUUACUUGGUAGCUGAAAAUGGUGGUCCCCGCAGUCGAACGGGUGGUAUAAGCAUUUCUGUUUGCAGUCCAGAUGGGCAUAUUAUCGGUGGUGCAAUUGGUGGUAGGCUAACUGCAGCAAGCCCAGUGCAGGUGGUUGCGUGUAGUUUUGUAUAUGGCAAUACUAAACCUAAGCCCAAUUCAGACCCGGGAGCUCCAAAAAACACGUUCGACCAAUCUGCCGAGCAACCUCCUUCCCCAAUAAGGGGCCCUUCUGUUAGGAUUUAUAAUCCAAACUCUGGACCAAGUGCUUGGCCACCGGCUUCACGCCCAGAAGUGAAAAGUUCCCAGACGGAUAUUGACUUAAUGCGAGGAUGA